AUGGCCGCAGUUGGGGAGUGCUCGCUGCCCGCGCCGUGGCGGCCGGUCUCCCUCACUCACGUCGAGUAUCCCGCAGGUGAUUUCUCUGGCCAGCUUUUAGCUUAUUUGAGUCUUGGUCCAAUAUUCAUUAUUGUUGGCUUUGUAACGCUCAUCAUAUUCAAGAGAGAGCUUCACACGAUCUCUUUCUUGGGAGGGCUGGUGUUCAACGAGGGAGUGAACUGGUUAAUAAAAAAUGUAAUCCGGGAGCCUCGGCCAUGCGAAGAAGCCCAUUCAACAGUGACCACAAAAUAUGGGAUGCCAUCCAGCCACUCCCAAUUCAUGUGGUUUUUCUCUGUCUAUUCCUUCCUGUUCCUUUAUUUAAGAAUGCACCAAACAAACAAUGCAAGGUUUCUGGAUUUACUAUGGCGACAUGUGCUGUCCAUCUGCCUCGUCACGGUGGCUUUGCUAGUCUCAUAUAGUAGGGUUUAUUUGCUUUACCACACCUGGAGCCAAGUCCUAUAUGGAGGUGUGGCAGGAAGCAUCAUGGCCAUAGCCUGGUUUGCCUUCACACAGGAGAUUCUAACUCCCCUCUUCCCGAGGAUAGCUGCAUGGCCAAUUUCAGAGUUCUUUUUAAUCCGAGAUACCAGCCUCAUUCCUAACAUCCUGUGGUUUGAAUACACAGUCACGAGAGCAGAAGCAAGGAACAGACAGCGCAAGCUGGGUACGAAGCUCCAGUGACGGCAGCGUGGGGACCAGGGCGUGUUUAAUGGAGACAGACAAGAGCAGAGACCUGGGAGCAGCAAGGAGCCUUUUAACAGACGGACCAAAGGAACAGGCAGGGACCAUACCCAAAACCUGAAAGCCUUUGCUCUGCUUUAGCAGCUAAGCUGGAUGCUCCCUGAUGCAUGUGGGACCGUGCAGGAGUAGAAACUCAUUUUGAACACAGAUGCACAUGGUUGGAUGUACCAUCGUGUCUACGUCAGGGGAGGGGGGAGAAAAUGCCUGGUGUCGUGUUCGGGGGAGGGAAUACCAAAAAUGAAUCCUUUCUGUGACUUUUUUUUUCAGCAUGAAAUAUACACACUAUUUAUUUAUUUUUUUAAAUGGAACUAUUGUUUAUGGGGUGGGUGAGGCGUUGAUUGUGUGUUUCGCUUUUUAUUUUUUAUUUUUUUUUAUUUUUUGGAAGAAGAUGACAAAACUAAUCUCAAGUUGAUCAUGUUUAAUUAGGGCUUUUAAUUCUUACAUGCUUCUCGAGAGGGAGGGGAUCUAGGAGGGAUGACCUAGACAGAAGGGAGAGGAAGACUUUCCUUUCUGCAGUCAGUUUGGGAGAUCACAAUCAAUUCCAACUGUACUUUGUACAGACAGAAAGACAGACCAUGAAGAUCUGAUUUUUAACACUAGUGACAGUUCUGCAGGGAAGCCUACACGGAUACCAAUUAAGGGGAGUGUGUGUGUAAAACAAAGGAAAAACACAAAUACACUGACUCUUAUUUUUUUUUCCACUGCUGCUCCUGUUGUGUAAUUAGCAAGAGUGCCCUUUUCAGAAUCUCUUCUAGGUGGCAAGAUUAUCAUACAUAUCUCACAUUUAUUCCAUCUCUUCCUUUAUACUUUUAUUAUCUCAGGGUUGCUGUGAUCUGUACAGCUUUUGUUGUACUGAGACUGCCGAGGGCACUGGGAAGCCCCUUGGUUAUAAGCAGU